AGAACUCAGCGCCCACGGUCUCCGCUGCUUGACUCUUCUUUCUAAGAAGUCAGGCAACCGCGUGUAUUUUGGUUCAAGUCACCGGCAGGCAACCCAACACGCUACGAUGAGCGGUUACGGGGAAGUCGAUGCUUGGCUCGCAAAGCUGCGCGAGUGCAAGCCACUCGAAGAGUCGGAAAUUCGUGCCCUUACCGAUAAGGCGCGGGAAAUUCUGACCCACGAAACAAAUGUGCAGCCCGUUCUCUGUCCCGUGACAGUGUGCGGUGAUGUCCACGGCCAGUUUCACGACCUGGUCGAGCUCUUCCGCAUUGGUGGCGAGUGCCCCGAUACCAACUACCUCUUUAUGGGUGACUACGUGGACCGCGGCUACUAUAGCGUUGAGACCGUCACCUACCUUGUUGCUCUGAAGGUCCGCUUCCCCGAGCGCAUCACUAUCCUCCGCGGAAACCACGAAAGCCGACAGAUUACCCAGGUCUAUGGUUUCUAUGACGAGUGCCUGCGCAAGUACGGAAACACCAACGUCUGGACCUGGUUCACGGAUCUUUUCGACUACUUUCCCCUCACUGCUUUGGUUGAGAACCAAAUUUUCAGUCUGCACGGUGGCCUUUCGCCCAACGUGGACACGCUCGAUGCCAUCCGCACCUUGGAUCGCGUUCAGGAAGUACCCCAUGAGGGUCCCAUGUGCGAUUUGCUGUGGUCUGACCCCGAUGAUCGUACGGGCUGGGGCAUCUCGCCUCGCGGCGCUGGUUUCACUUUUGGUCAUGAUGUCUCCAAAGCCUUUAACGAGCGCAACGGGCUGCGCUUGGUCUCACGUGCCCAUCAGCUGGUUAUGGAUGGUUACAACUGGUCGCACGAGCGCAAUGUUGUGACCAUUUUCAGCGCGCCCAACUACUGCUAUCGCUGCGGCAACCAGGCAGCCAUCAUGGAACUUGAUGACACCAUCACCCAGACAUUCUUGCAGUUUGAGCCUGCUCCGCGUCGCGGCGAGCCUCACGUGACGCGAAGGACCCCUGAGUACUUUUUAUAAUCAUUGCGGAGAUGCUUGCUCAUGAUCUAAAGCCCUAUGCAUUGCUGAGAGGAGCACAGUCCGAUGAACAACUUUGUGCCGCCCUUUCAGAGCCCAGAACACGUCGCCUCGCAUCUUAGGCGAGAUGGCUGGACUGGCUUGGGCCUACUGCUAUGUGGUUCAGUGGCCGUCUCGUGUCGUCCUGUUUCUCCCAUGUGAUCUUUCCUUGAAUGUGACAUCAUCCUUUCCUCCUGCUCGUUCCGCUUCUCGUGCUAGAAAAGGCAAGCCCCCCUUACGUGCUGUGUGCCUCGUCUUUGAUGUGUUUGUCGACCAUUGGUCAAGCAACCAGAUAUGUACAGUUUUGAUGGUAUCGGUGUUGUGACUUGUUGUUGUUUUUUUGUUUUUCAGAACUCAAAGUGCGUUUCUUUCAAUCCCCACACUCGAUAAGCUUCGUUCA